AUGUACGGGCUGCUGUGUGAGAGUCUUCACGACUUCAUCAAGGAGUCGUACGGAGAUGAUGUGUGGAAACUGGUCAGAGAAAGAGCAGAUGUCAGGUUGCACUCUUUUGUCACCCACCAGGUGUAUAGUGAGAGUGUGAUUCCCCGUAUUGCAAAGGCAGCCAGUGGAGUGACAGGCACACCUUACAAUGAGCUGAUGAACUCAUGGGGCGUCUACUUCCUCGGCUUUGUUGGGAAGUACGGCUAUGACAGGAUCCUCAAGGUUCUGGGCCGUCAUGUACGUGACUUUGUCAAUGGCCUUGAUAAUCUCCAUGAGUACCUGCGCUUCAGCUACCCUAAGGUGCAGCCUCCAACCUUCUUUUGUCAGGAGGAGUCAGCCACUGGAGUCACCCUCCACUACAGGAGUAAGCGCAAAGGCUAUCUGCACUACGCCAUGGGUCAGCUAAGGCAGAUGGGGAAACAGUUCUAUGACACCGACAUCCAUGUGGAGGUGCUGUCUGAGCAGAUGGUCGGAGACUACUCUCAUGUCACCAUGAGGCUGAACUUUGACAACUCAGCCUACCGCUACAUCAUGAAGGAGGAUGAGGAAGAGCAGGAGAUUUUGCCCAUCACCUCAGACUUCUUCUUUGAGGUCUUCCCCUUCAACAUCGUCUUCAGACAGGACAUGGUGGUGCAUAACGUUGGCUCAGGCCUGGCGACAGUCUUCCCUGAUCUGGAUGGGAAGAAGAUCAAUGAUGCCUUCUUGCUGGCUCGCCCCCUAGUGGAGUUUACCUGGAACAUGAUCAUCUCCCACCCCAACAACCUGUUUGAGAUCAUGUCCAAGGAGCCUGUGAAGAGAGAAAGGAACCUUCACAAUCGAGUCCAGAUGAAAAUUCUGUUACCCGGGAUGCUCUCGACGGUGCAGGACCGCUGCCUAAAACUAAAAGGACAAAUGAGAUAUAUGCCAGAGUGGGAGUCCAUCAUCUUCCUGGGAACCCCUGUGAUGGAGAGUCUGAGUGCUAUGUUUAGGACCGGCCUGUACAUCAAUGACCUAAGCAUGCACGACUCCAGCAGAGACCUGGUGCUGGCAGGCACGCAGCAGUCAGAGGAGCUGAAGAGAGCUCUCAUACAGGAGCAAAAGAAGUCCAGUAAGCUGGAGGAGAGCAUGAAGAUGUUGGACUAUGAGAUGAAGAAGACUGAUGACCUCCUGUACAGAAUGAUUCCCAAGCCAGUAGCUAAAAGGCUGCGCAAAGGAGAGCCGGCUGUGAACACUUGUGAGGUGUUCCCAGAUGUGACCAUUCUUUUCAGCGAUGUUGUGGGAUUUACUCGCAUUUGCAGCCACAUCACUCCAAUGCAGGUGGUCUCGAUGCUCAACACCAUGUACACACUGUUUGACACGCUCAGCGAGAAGCACCGCGUCUUCAAGGUUGAGACUAUUGGAGAUGCCUACAUGGUGGUAGCUGGGGCUCCAGAGAAGACAAAGUAUCACGCUCACAACAUCUGUGACAUGGCCCUGGACAUGGUGCGCUCAAUAGAUCACCUGAAAGACCCCUCUAAUGGCAACCACAUACAGAUUCGUGUUGGGAUCCACUCUGGGAUGGUGGUGGCAGGUGUGGUGGGACAUAAGAUGCCACGUUACGGUCUGCACGGUGACACAGUCCACACCGCGUCUGCCAUGGAGAGCAAUGGAAAGGAGAUGCACAUUCAGCUCAGCAGCGCCACCUACGAGCACCUGAAAGGGAGUCACUUUAUUUUUGAAAGGAGGGGCACCAUUACCAUCAAGGGGAAUGUUGAAAUUGAGACCUACUGGCUGAAAGGAAAGAGGGACAAAGACGGAAACGCUCAGGCGGCGUGUCCUCAGUUUGAGAACCAGACCAUCAGUAAGGCCAACAUCUCAGGCACUGAGGCCACAGGAAAUAAGGAGGGACUGGUUUCCCCACUAGCGUCAGGGCGGGAUGAGGAUGAUGUCAAGUCUACUCGCUCUCAUCGUAUCAAGAUGGACAUUUCAGGCCAUUCUCUAAAGGGGUCGAUGGAGUUGUGCCGUGUGGAGAAGAUGUCUGUUCAUAAGGCCCACUAUAAGGAUGCUUUGCAGGACGGCCUCCAGGACCCUCACCUGGGACUGGACUCACCUGAGUCUGACGGCAGAGACUGCAUCAUGGAGUCUCCUGACAGCUCCUGUGACUCCCGCUGCUCCAAGAGUGCCACAUGCUCCGUGUCAUGA